AUGUCAAAACGUUUUUUCGGAUUUGUGUCUGCCUGCUUAAAAAUCGAACCCGGAGAAGCCAGCAGAGUACCAGAGAUGAAAAAUUCAUCUUGCCAGACAGAACCGAACGAAGCAGCAGAGGAAAACGAUAACCUGACCAUCAAGGUGAACAAGUGCCUGUUGUUGCUGUCGCACGUUAACACGAAGUUGGAUGCGUUGGCAGCACAGUUGUUUCAACAACCAGGAACGUCGUCAAAUGACCCGAUUAAAGUAAAACUAGUUCAAUCACCUCUAGAGCCCGUGAAAAGCUUGGCCGACAUGGAGUCCUUGGAAGACCGCUGCCAAGAUGAAAAUUUCGUGAAGGCAACGGUUGCAUGGAUUGGGAGAAUACACGGUCGCAAUCGUUUCAUUAAACAAGGCGCAACGGUGAGUCUGCAGAUCAUCGAUCAUUUUUUUGCUCGUGAAUUCCUACUGAAAUGUUCAUGGACAGGAGCAACCCGCACUUCCGGUGAUAACGAACCGAAGAGACAAAAAAUUCCGUUUAUGAAAUUUAACAAGACGAUCGGUUUAUUUCAUCAUACGGUGCAGUAUUCUGACCCAGAAUACUCACUAGAUGAGUGCAAAUCUUUUUUGCAUCGUUAUUCGAAAAGCUCCCGGCAAAGAUUCGCAGAAGUAUCCGGAAUGCGGAAGCCUGUCUCAAGGAAGCGAAAGCGACUGACAAAUGAAAAAUUCGAAAACAUCUUGGUGGACCAUCUUGAUGACGACGUCAAGGAUUCCAUCAAGGAUAGCGUCGAUGGAGUGCCACCAGAGGAGUCCACCAUCGAGUGUACGUCGUGGCAAGUGGAAUUCCUGGAUGUUAAUGACGACGAUCAAAAUUUGCCACCAGAAUUGUUAAAAGUCGCGAAGUAG